GGGGGCAGUCGUGAGCUUUGUUUUUGUUUACGUUUCGCGGUGUUUUGAGAAAGUUUAGGUGGAAAAAACUUGAGAAAAUUGUGCGAAAAUGGCGAGAAAUGCAGAAAAGGCAAUGACAACUCUGGCUCGCUGGAGAGCAGCAAAGGAAGCAGAGAGUGGUGAGAAGGAUAGACGACCGUAUCUAGCGUCAGAAUGCACAGAUUUGUCAAAAUGCGAAAAGUGGCGCCUGGAAAUCAUCCGGGAUAUCUCCAAGAAAGUCGCUCAGAUUCAGAACGCCGGUCUGGGUGAAUUCCGGAUACGAGAUUUGAACGAUGAGAUCAAUAAGUUGCUCCGUGAGAAGCGUCACUGGGAGAAUCAAAUCUCUGCUCUCGGUGGACCCCACUAUCGCCGCUAUGGUCCCAAGAUGUUUGAUUCUGAAGGCAGGGAAGUUCCCGGCAAUAGGGGGUACAAAUACUUUGGAGCUGCAAAGGAUUUGCCAGGUGUGCGGGAGCUAUUUGAGCAGGAACCACCUCCACCGCCGAGGAAAACUCGUGCUGAACUCAUGAAGGACAUUGAUGCGGAUUAUUAUGGUUAUCGCGAUGAUGACGAUGGGAUUCUCCUGCCUCUGGAGGAGAAGGCAGAACGUCUAGCCAUUCAGCAGGCUGUGGCUGAGUGGAAAGAUAAACAAGCUCGUGGGGAUACGAAUACGGAAGAAGAGGAGGAGGAUAUCUACAAAACUGAGGAAGAUAAGGAUGAGGCAGCAAAAGCAGUGGAUAAUGAUGAUCCUAUGGGGCUCCUAGGACCUCGUUUUACAGCUCAUGUCCCAGUUCCAACACAAAAAGACAUCGAGGCUGCUCUUUUGAGGAAAAAGAAGCAGGAAUUGAUGGAGAAAUAUGGAAUUUAAAUGAAUUUAGUUUUAUAUUUUUUAAUUUUUAAUUAUAAUUAAAGGAUUUCAUUCUUGUA